AUGGCUCUAAGUCAAAGCCGAAAUGCAUCAGAAAAGGGUCUUCUUUCGAAAUUUUGUCAAUUGUACCUGCCAAGGUAUGAUGCAGAAGUGGUUUUAGAGGAUGAAAGUGGGGAUGAAUACACUACCAAUUACCUUAAGGAGAAAGCACUUAGUGGUGGAUGGAGAAGCCGACUUAGCCUUAUCGAAUUCAAGGUAAUCAAGAACUAUAAGCUCAUGAAGGGCAAGCCAGUUUAUGAAGCCAAUAAGUGUCCUUCACCUAAGAAGUAUAGAAAAAAGAGAAAAAAAAGUAGGAGUAUUCUAAAAUUGGUGGAUUUUAGUAGGACACCGGUGUACAUAGUGAGAGCAAAAUAUUUUGAGGUAGCCAAUGCCCUCAACCUUCCAAAUUCUGUUGCUUGUGAAAAAGAAACAGGUUUUGGAUCUUUUGCAGAGAAGAAUAGCGAAAGAUGUGAGAAGGAAGAGAAAAAGCGUCCAAGAUAUCGAGAACUUCACAUUAUUGUGAAUGGUAUAACUAUUGAUUUGCUCGCGACACAUGUGCGAACUAAGUACUACAAUCUCUACUGCAACCAGAUAUCAAACAUCCAUAAGGGCCUUAUCAAUAGUAAUAUGGCAACCGGAAUCAUAUCAGAGACUAUUAAUAUUGCUGAUGCAAUUAGAGCUUCCCAGAUUUCCAUCUCCCGGAUGACUUUGCGAUGUGGGACAAGAUUUUGGAAGCCUUUGGGCUUUUGGGAAUGA